GCGGAGGGUGUUGUCGUGUCUCUUCAACGGGAUGCUUCUCAAUCAGUACGGCUUUCUGUAGGAUGAGCAUCUGUAUAUGGUCCGUUUCAGCGACAUCGCACAGUACAUACCAAUAUGUUUUUAGGGCUGAAAAUGAGUUAGACAAGAGAGAGAUUAUGUUUGAAACUCCUCGCUGUCCGGAGAGACUGAAUUGGGAUUCCCAAGUCGCGGAGUAGCGAAACAAUGAGGACAACAACAAACAGAGACGGGGAGUGAUUCCUGUCAUUCAUUUCUUUACUUUAUUUCCUCUUUGGCGUUGAGAGAUGAUAACGGAGCUGGUGUGCGGUGCUGUGGCUCUGCUCCUCUACUUGAACACAUUGAGCGCCGAUUUCUGCUAUGAUGACAGCCGAGCAAUCAGAACCAAUCAAGACCUGCUACCAGACACUCCCUGGACGAACAUUCUGUAUGAUGACUUCUGGGGCACUCUGCUGACUCACAGCGGCAGCCACAAGUCUUUCCGCCCACUCUGCACCCUUUCUUUUCGCCUCAACUAUGUCCUUGGUGGCCUGGAUCCAUGGGGCUACCACCUGGUCAACGUAGGCCUGCACUGUUGCGUCACUUCACUUUUCACUGCACUCUGUCGCCCCCUGCUGGGUGGAGGACCAUGGAGCCUGUUGGCAGGACUGCUCUUUGCCUCUCAUCCCAUACACACUGAAGCAGUAGCUGGGGUGGUCGGGCGAGCAGAUGUUGGCGCAGCAUUUUGCUUCCUACUGUCUUUGCACUGUUAUGCCCAGUACUGCCAUCUCAGGACCAACUCAGGGGUUUUAUGUUGGGCAGGGCUCUGGAUGGCCGGGAGUCUGGGUGCUGCUGCUGCAGCCUUACUGUGGAAGGAGCAGGGAGUGACAGUUUUGGCUGUGUCAGCUGUUUAUGACCUCUGUGUUGUGCAUCGUCUUCGCCUAUGUCAAGCGAUGAUGGUACUGAAGAGGAAGAACUUUAGCUUGCUGAUCAGUCUGGCUUGGCUGGUUGGCUGGGGGAUGAUCCUGCUUGCCGCUCGCUUUUACUGGAUGGGCAACAAGCCACCGAACUUCUCUAACUCGGACAACCCAGCAGCCAACUCACCUCAUUUCCUCACCAGAACGCUCACAUUCCUGUACCUGCCAGCUGUCAAUGCCUGGCUCCUCCUCUGCCCUGACAGACUCAGCUUUGAUUGGUCCAUGGAUGCUCUUCCUCUGCUCAGAACCAUCACUGAUUGGAGAAACCUUCAGUCUGUUGCAUUCUAUUUAGGAUUGACACUCCUGGCCUGGUUUGGCCUGCGAAGCGAGGGAUGCUCUAAAAUCGGUGAAACGAAUGGUAAAUCCUACAUGAGCAAUGGAAAGUCUCUUACUAAUGGACACUGUCAUAAUCACCAUGACAACACCUCCUUUCAAUACAGCAAUCAUUACAUGGACGCAAAAUCUGUUAACUCUCCCAAUAGAAAUGGCUAUCAUAAACCUCAUUCCCUCAAAACUCAUCAAAAAUCUCUCCCAGAAACGGAGAACCUGGUGGUCUUUUCACUCGGGCUGCUGGCUUUACCCUUUGUUCCAGCCACUAAUGUGUUUUUCUACGUGGGCUUUGUGGUGGCCGAGCGAGUGCUCUACAUACCCAGUAUGGGCUUCUGUCUGCUAGUGACCGUGGGGCUGAGGACCAUGUUCAUUCGCUCCAGAUCAAGCCGCUCUAAAGCUGUCCUGCUGAGCUGUGCUGUGGGAUUGGUGCUUCUCUACAGCCUGAAGACUAUUAGAAGGAACCAGGACUGGCAGAGCGAGGAGAUGCUUUACAGGUCUGGCAUUGCUGUAAACCAUGCUAAAGCUUGGGGUAACCUUGGUAAUGUCCUAAAGAACCAAGGAAAAAUGGCUGAGGCAGAGAAAGCAUAUAGAAAUGCACUUUAUUUCCGAGGCAAUAUGGCAGACAUGCUCUACAACCUGGGUUUGCUGUUACAGGAGAGUGAGCGAUACUCUGAGGCUCUGCAUUACUAUAAACUGGCCAUUGGGAGCAGACCAACUCUGGCCUCUGCGUACUUGAACAUGGGCAUUAUCCUCAUGUCCCAGGGAAAUAUUGAAGAGGCCAAGCACACUUUCAACACCUGUGCAGACAUCCCUGAUGAGAACCUGAAGGACCCUCAUGCUCACAAGAGCUCUGUUACCAGCUGCUUGUACAACCUGGGCAAGCUGCUUCAUGAGCAGGGCCAACACGAGGAGGCGCUGUCCAUGUAUAAGGAGGCUGUACAAAAGAUGCCUCGGCAGUUUGCACCACAGAGUUUGUACAACAUGAUGGGUGAGGCCUAUAUGAGGCUGAAUAAUCUAGAAGAUGCAGGCCAUUGGUACAGAGAGUCACUGAAGGCCAAACCUGACCACAUUCCUGCCCACCUGACUUAUGGAAAGCUGCUGUCUAUCAAAGGAAAGAAGUCUGAAGCAGAGCAUUACUUCCUAAAGGCAAUAGAGCUGGAUCCUACUAAAGGAAACUGCUAUAUGCAUUACGGUCAGUUUCUGUUGGAACAGUCUCGUCUAGAGGAAGCUGCAAUGAUGGCAGAGAAAGCUGCAGAGCUGGACAGUUCGGAGUUUGACGUGGUGUUCAGUGCUGCUCAUAUGCUCAGGCAGGCCAGUCUGAAUGAGGCAGCUGAGAGGUAUUAUGGGAAGGCAGCAGACCUAAGACCUGAUCAUCCAGCUGCUCUGAUGAAUCUUGGGGCUAUCCUCCACCUUAAUGGGAAACUGAAGGAGGCAGAGAGCAAAUACCUCCGUGCACUGCAGCUCAAACCAGAUGACCUCAUCACUCAGUCCAACCUCCACAAACUCUGGAAUGUCAUGCAGAAACGGGGCCUGCAAACUACUGGGUCAUGAUCUUUUGCCAUAACCCCAGCAGAUGUUUGAUCAUGUUUGAUCUGUGGAGUUUUGUGGUGUUGGAACUCCUACAGUACGUUUUUAUCUUGUCUUGAGGAACUCAGCUCAAACCAAGAGCUCAAAUGGGCUCAUAAUACUGAAAAAAGGUUUCGAGGUUGAUUAUUAGGUCAGGAGGGGUUUACUGAGAAUGAACUGUACCCUCUGGAGACAUGUGAUGAUCAAACGGAAGUUUGUUUUUGAAGAUCCUCUUUCAUGAAAGAAAAUUGCAGGGCAACAGUGAAGACUUCUGGAGUUAAAUUUACAUCUUACAUUCAACAUACCUUGAGAAGAAAAGGUUUAUCUAUGUGUAUUUGUCUUAUUUCAUGGUCAAGAACUGAGCUGAAGCAGCUAUGUAGGGUUCCACAGGGAACAUAACAUAAAGGAAACCCCUGAGAACUCUGCACGAGGGGUAAAUGUUGUAUGCGAUUUUCCUGAUGGCUUUACCGAUGCACUUACUGCUGCAGGGUUUUAUGUGAUGACCGUAUCAUUGAUGACCAGGAGCACCACUGAGAAGAACAUUGUGUUCAAGACAACAAGACAAUAUGGAAGCCAUUGUCUACUGCCAAUCAUGUCUUUCCCCCAUCAAAUCCCUUAAAAAAUAUCCCCAGAAAAUAAUUUAUUGCUAAUGACAAGCCAACAGUGUCUUUAGAAGUCUGUUCAUACUGUAUCUUUUUUUUUACAGGGGGGCUACAUUCGAGUUUCAUGUCUUCUCCUGUCAAGAAACAUUUGACCACAAUAAAGAGAACAUUUG